CUUCCACCUGGCUACGGCACAUCCACGAUCACCUGCAGCCUCACCUUAACUAAAUACUGACUACGACGACAAGUCACUAUCAUGUCUUCCGUUGAGAUUAUCAAGGACCCAGCUCAACCAGCCCGCUUACCACGAUCAGCCUCUAAUCCCAAACCAAAGGGAAUCCUCAAGAACGCAACGCCACAACAACCAGGGUCACAGUCUCAUAACUUGCAAUGGGACGAAGAGAAUCUAGCGUUGACUGAGAUCCAGAAAGACAGUCUCAUGAAGAUUACAGAACCCAAAACGCCCUAUGUACGGUAUAACGCUGAAACAGACCAAAUUGAGGGCGAUAUCCCAUCGCUUGACCUAGGGGGGCACACGCCAAUGGAGUACUUGUCAUCCUCUCCACGAUCUGUAUCACCGACAGGCGCAGAUACGUCUGGGCCAUCUUCUCGUAGAACGUCGCUUAGCAGCGCGGGGCGCGCUCCAUCUGGAAGAUCAGCUAGUAUUGCUUCUAGCAGGAGCAGGAGCACGAGCUUCAAUCUCCCGAGUGAGGCUAAAGCAGAGAUAAGAUCUGCGUAUGGCGAGCCGGGUGAAGAAGUCGAGGUGGAUGAGGAGAUGGAUGAGGAAGCUGCUGCUAAGCAUGCGGCUUUUGUACGCGCCAGAGGACGGCAUUAUUCCAAUGAAGCAGAGGCGAUGAAGCGGGCAUCGAAGAUGGUAGACGAUGAAGAAGAAGAAGCAAGUGAGGCCCCAGCACUUGCGGACGGUGCCCAGGAUGUCGCAGUCAACGGCGUUCAUGGUGAUUGAUGGGAUAACAUAUGCAUAUACUCUGCGUGGUUUUUGGACGGAGUAGAUGUGGACAUGCUCACGAACUUUGAAUUUUUCUCACAGGUAUAUAUUGUAUUUUUACCAGAAUAUUAUCAGCCUUUGAGUCCA